AAUUCUUCACUUCAAUGGCCUCCUUUUUUUUUCAUUUUUACUAUAAAAACCAUAACGCAUGAAAUAUAUGAUCCCAGAAAACAAGUUCGACUUGACUCAUCCAUGGCGAGCAUCAAACUAGUCCCACAAUCCGCCCACAAGGCCCUGCCGUUCUCCGCUAACCUCGCAAACCUCCUUCCGACCGGCACCGUUUUCGCAUUCCAAGCCAUCAUACCCUCCUUCUCCAACAGUGGAAGAUGCGAACUGGCUCACAAAUACAUGACUUUAGGACUAAUUAUUGUAUGUUCGGUCUCUUGCUUCUUAUCUUCUUUCACCGACAGUUUCGUAGGCAACGACGGCAAGCUUUAUUACGGUAUCGCCACCAUCAACGGACUUUGGGUUUUCAACGACGACGUCGAUGACGGUCUCGAUCUGGAAAAUGACGAAAAAGAAGCCGAGAAAAUAUUCAACAAUAGCUUUGAGGUUCAACGCUGCUUUUUUCCUAAACCUGGACCCAAUGGUAAUGCAUUGAUGACAAACCUGCCAUUAGGGGUCGGGAUCUUAGCCAGUGGAUUGUUCGUACUUUUCCCGACGAAACGACGUGGUAUUGGUUAUGGUGAUAACCCUGAUCAUGGCGAUGGAAAAGAAGAGAAACAGAUUGAGGAGAUAGGCCCCAAGGUUCCCCUCCCCAACCCAAAAUGAAUUACAUGUCUACUAAAGAACUGAAACCACAAUAACAAUUGUAAAAUAAUGGUUCUAUAUGGCGUAAUAUAUGUGUGUGCUGCUAAGCAGUAGCAGAAAUAUUAUGCGAAAAAGUUUAGUAAAAUAAGUUAAUACUGCAAAAGGUAAAAUUGAUGAACCAUUGUAAAACUAUCUUAAUUGGUUUAAUACCCCGAGAUUAACAUGUUCUUUCAAA